AUGUCGGAUUCCAAAAAUGUCGCCCUCGUGUUCGGUGCCAGCGGUAUCUCCGGCUGGGCCGUGGCCAAGAACGUCCUCUCCUAUCCCACGCCUAGCACAUUCUCGCGCGUGAUCGGAUUGACGAAUCGCCCCAAGACUGUCGAGGAGAGCGGUCUUCCCCAGGACCCUCGCUUGGAGUUGCACUCUGGGGUCAACCUGCAGGCAGAUCUGCAGAGUGUGAUGAUGCAACUGCAGGAGAAGGUGCCUAACUUGGACGAAGUUACUCAUGUCUACUAUUUGGCCUAUUCCAAUGCCACGGCAUACAGUGAGAAUGUGAUGGAAAUCAGGAACAUCAACGUUGCUAUGACUUAUAAUGCCGUGCAUGCCGUGGACCGCCUCUGCAAGAACAUGAAAUUUUUCGUUCUGCAGACCGGUACAAACAACUAUGGCGUUGCCGUCUUCCGCUUCCAGGACAAAAUCGAGAUCAACCCGCCCCUGAAGGAGGACAACCCUCGCAUCCCGUCGCCGUGGGGUGAUGAGAUCUUUUACUACUCGCAGGUGGAUCUGAUCAAGGAGGCCAACGAGGGAAAAUCCUGGAAGUGGUGUGAAGUCCGGCCGGACCAGAUUGUUGGACACGUUCCUAGUCCCACUAGCAUGACAUACGUGGAGCCCAUGGCCCUCUUCCUGUCGCUGUACCGAUACGUCAACGGCCCGGGCGCCACCGUUACAUUUUUCGGAACGGAAAAGAACUUCCGCCACACCUACACAGCCUCUUCGCAGGAUAUCAUCGCGCGAUCGGAAAUUUACCUCUCGGUCGAAAAGCCCGACGAGGCACACGGGGAAGCCUUCAACACGGCCGAUAAUGCCACCCCGGGCCCCUGGAGCUACAAGUGGCCCAAGAUCUGCGAAUACUUCGGACUGCAGGGCGGUGGUCCGGGCGACAAGCCUUGGAACGAUGCCGAUAAGUUCUGGAACGAGCACCAGGAUGACUAUGAGAAGAUGUGCAAGGAAUACGGCCUGCGGAAGCGAGAUAUCCCCGAGGCUACCUGGAUCUUCAUGAGAGCUGGGUUCACCAUGCUGGAGCGGAAUCGUGAGCUGAGCCUGGAUAAGAUCCGCAGCUUGGGUUUCACGGAGGAGUACCCGGUCGGACACGGGUAUUUCCGCGUUUUUGACCAUCUGGUCAGCGAGAACAUUGUGCCGCCUAAGGAGAAGUUGCAAUAA